GAGAGACAGGGGCAAGUAGACGGUCAGACAGACAGAUGGCAUCCGUCAGACGCGCAGGCAGACAGGCGGAUAUACACAGAGGAGCAGGCAGACAGACAGGCUUGCGCAGACGGGCAGGUGGACAGGUACGCCGCGGCCUCCGACCUCCAGACGGCGGCCCACGCCGAGCAGCGGCCUGAGGUGUGGCUGAUGGAGGAGCGCUGCCGGAUGGGGAUAGCGCUCUCUCCUGGCCAGUCCCUGCCCUGCGGCCCCAAACCAGACCCCCCUCCACUCAGCACCAAGCCCAAUCUGGCCAAGCUCAGACCGCGACACUUGCCUGACAGCUCCGGUACCGAGGAGGUGGUGGAUCAAGAGAAAGAUGCCGGAAGGCUGGAAAAGAAAGAGAGAGAUGGAGGCGAGGAGAGAACGAGAGAAACAGACGGGCAUCCACCCCCUGUGCCUGCAAAGCCUAAGCCAGGUUAUGUGACAUCACCACAAGAUCCAACCAAUGACAGAAAGAUCCCACCCCCAGUGCCCCCCGCCUCCAGCAAACCAGUGUUAGGAUUGGCUGAGAGAUCCCACACCCAAGGUGAAGAGAGUGUGCGACCCCAGGCCCCCGUGAAGCCGCAGAGGAACCGGAAGGCUCUGUCGUGCGACACAGGGAACAACAGGGAAAGUCCUAAUGACCUGGAGAAGCUCCCAAAUCGCAAACCCCCUGUGAAAAAACCUAGACUCCCCCAGAACAGAAACAAAUCUCUGGACUACUCUGAGAGCCUCAACGGUGCCCAUGGCAACAGUGAGGCAGUGUGACCAGGAUGGAAUUCACCUGCCACUGACGGCUCAUAUGGUUGUCAUGGCAACCGCGGAACAGUUUUUUUUUUUUCCUCAAAUGUGGAAACAUACAGAAGAGGAGGAGGAGAUGAGCAAGCGACAAGGAACUCGCACAACCGACCCCCCCCCCCCCCCCCCCCC